GGACGCUCGCUCGUGAGGCGCUAGUGCAGCGUCGAUGGCUGGCCCAGUAAAGGACCGAGAGGCCUUCCAGAGGCUAAACUUCCUGUACCAGGCCGCCCACUGUGUCCUUGCGCAGGACCCCAAGAACCAGGCGCUGGCGAGGUUUUACUGCCACACGGAGAGGACCAUCGCAAAGCGGCUGGCGCUCGGAUCACCAUCCCCCUCCGCCCACAGGGACCCCUCAGUGAAGAGGACCCUCUGUCGUGGCUGCUCUUCCCUUCUUAUCCCUGGCCUCACCUGCACCCAGCGUCAGAGACGAUGCAGGGGACAGCGCUGGACAGUACAGACUUGCCUAACAUGCCAGCGCAGCCAACGUUUCCUCAAUGAUCCUGAUCAUCUGCUCUGGGGAGACCGGCCUGAGGCCCAGCUGGGGAGCCAUGCAGAUCCCAAAUCUCCACAACCCCUGCCAAACACAGCCCACCCCAUUCUAGCCCACCUCUGUGAGGAGAAAGUGCAGCAUGAGAGCUCCAGCCACCAGUGAUGGAUUCAUCUUAUCUUCGAAAUAAAUAAAGUAUAUUGGUGUCUCA